AUGGAGAACACCGCUGUAGAGAAAAUGUGUGGUAGAUGCUAUCCAAUUGCGGAGCUGUAUCCAAACAAGACUGGUUCGAUUGACAAAUUGAAAGCCCAUUUGUUGGAAAGCAAUCAAGAGAUCGCACCGCUGAAAGUUUGGCAGUUGCAAGAUCUCAGCUUGCAGGCCGCGGAAAGAAUAAAAGCUGCACCGAAAGACGAAGCUCUGAGCAUCAUGAGUCAGAUUUCGCAAAACUUCCCACUUCAGGCGCGAUCCUUGGUCAGAACAGCUGUUCGCGAUGAGCUUCGCAAAGAGGUGAAGAAAAACCAGAAAAUCAUUCAAAACGAAAUCGGAAUCCAGCCGUCGGAUGCAUUUUUGCUGGUCAAUGGACUCACCUAUGACAUGGAUACGAUUGACCCAUUUUCUUUGCUGGAUUCGUUGAAAACCGAGCACAAGAAGAUGGAAGGACUGCAUCAACUCGGUUUGAACCAGGAGACCGUCGUCAAAAUGCUUUCGUUGGACAUUGGCAAGAGUAAAUCCACGUCAUCCAAAGGAUCCCCGUCUUAUGCUUUGGACAUUCGGGACACGGCUGUGGUUUAUGUUAAUGACAUAGAGAAAGAUCCGUCUUACGCCAAGUGGCCGUCUCAGUUGUUGGAGCUGUUGAGACCCGUUUUUCCAGGGAUGUUGAGAAGCAUUCGGAGGAACAUUUUUCACCUGGUUUUAUUGGUGGAUCCCGCCGAGAAAACGAGCGCAGAGCUGGUCAAAAUUGCGGAGUCAUUUUACGUCCAUAAGGCGCCCAUCAGGAUCGGAUUCGUUCUCUCCGUUGACCCAAGAGAAGAGGUUACCGGCAAUGAUGACGCGGGUGUUGCCAUGUUGCUGGGUUUCAACGCCGUUUCUUCCGUGAAGAACGCUGCUGCAGGACUUAGCUUCCUUACGGAUGUGAGUUUGAUUCCUGAAUGGUGCACCAUCAGAGUAUAUGCCAAAGCAGGUGCAGAUCCGGUGACUCCUGAGAUAGUCCGCGAAGUGAUGAAAAGGCUUCGUCCGAAAGAUAACCUCGACGAGAUAUUCGGCGCGGAUUCGACUUACGAUUAUGGUCGCCAAUUAGCCAGAGACUUCAUUUCAAGGACAGGACUCGAGCGUUUGCCCCAAGUACUGAUGAACGGGAUUCCAUUGGAGCAGAAGCAUUUAAAUGCUGAUGGCUUUGAGGAAGGAGCCAUCAUGGCUUUGUCGUCUCAAAUGAACGUGUUGCAACAAGCUGUGUAUGAUGGGUCCCUGACCGACUCGGACAAUGUCUUGGAUUUCCUCAUGCGGCAGCCGAAUGUCAUGCCGAGGCUGAAUAAUCGCAUUCUGACCGGAGAUAAUGACGAAGUCAAAUACGUUGAUGCAUCCAGCUUGUUCAGUGAUCCCAAGGACGACGAUUUGACUCAGAAAGUGUUCUCGAAUUUUCCGUAUUUCUCGUCGAAGUCUGGGUCGAUGGGCACCAAACCCGUUACGGUUUGGUUGGCGGUUGAUGUCAAUAAUCGGCAAGGGCUAGGGAUUGUUCGGGCUGCUGCUUCUCAUAUUGCUGGGGAUCCGAAUAUGCGCAUCGGAUUGUUGUUCAACGCAGAAGAUGUGAAUAAUGAUCGUCUUGCAAAAGCGGUACUUUCAGUCAUUCAGAGUCAGGAGAAUCGUGUCGCAGCUGAAGUUCUCGAUGCUUUUUUGACCGACAAGAAUGUUAAGAAGUUUGUCGAAGGAAACCUAGAGCCUGUUCAACUGAACGUGAAGGGAUUUGACCUCCUGUCCUACUCAAAGGCUUUUGAUGCCUUGGACAUGUCUAGUAUUCUCAACCUCCAUCGUCAGUACUCGUCUAAGAUGUUAAACGUUCGCCCGGGUCAAGCUGUGGUUAUUUGCAAUGGCCGUGUUAUCGGGCCUUUGGGAGCGAAGGAAGACUUUGUGGAGAGUGAUUUCCUUUUGCUGAGCCGAUACGUGUCGUCUACGUCGGCUGAUGCGAUUAUUCAAAUGCUACUCGAGGUCAAAGCUCAAGGGAAGCAAGGGCGGACAUUGAGUGACUACGUCGUUGGAGCAACGACUGUCUUACUUUCGCAAGGAGCCGCAAAAAGCAGACUGGAACUGCCAGCCCUGGUGUCUGAUUCGAGCACGGUCCACUUAUCGUCGCAAGUGGAAGGGGAACCCUAUUUGGACAUCGUCGGUAUUGUGGAUCCGUUGACGCGAGGUGCCCAAUUGAUGGCUUCUUUGGUGUCGACUGUGAUGAAAGUGUUGCCGAGCAAAGUUCGACUGUACAUGAAUUGCGUGGAGAAACAUUCCGAAAUGCCGAUGAAGAGCUUCUUUAGAUACGUUCUGGCGUCGGAGCCGGAAUUUGAGCCCGAGACUGGAUCACUCGUGGCCCCUGUGGCCAAAUUCUUGCAUUUGCCAACCGAACCGAUUUUGACGAUGGGAUUGAAGAUUCCGGAAAAUUGGCUCGUCGGUCUUGUGAGAAGUCCGUAUGAUUUGGAUAACAUUAGGUUGAAAGACGUCGAAGGCGGGGUUUAUGGAAAGUCAGAAGUAAGGCGAGUCUUACGUUGUUGA